GGACUGUAACAUUGAAUCAGUUACAGGUCGCUUAGCUGGAGCGCAGUUGUGAGAACGGUCGCGGAUGCGGACGGAGGGUCGCACAUAUGCUCUCACAGCGCAGGAUCACUGAGGAUUACAACCGCUGCAAAGGACCCUUACUGCGCCUUUUGGAGCGACCAAUUCACUGUGGAUAUACUUGCACGAAAGGAAUAUAAAGAGGGGAUUACUAAAAAGGCCAGAACAUCCAUAGUCAUGGAUGACGCAAAGACGUGUGUAGUCUUUGGGGGUAUCUUGGUGGUGCUGGUUUCAGUUACCUCCGGACUGUCGCAGCCACCUACCAUUGUGUCCAAUGAAGAAGAGUUCAUCCUGCAGCCCAACUCCGUGUUCAACAUAAGCUGUACUGGUAAAAGAAACGUCGUUUGGUCUGAACCCCUGCCGAAAAACACCUUCGUUUACCCAGGUUACUACACGGCGACGCUCUUCAUUUACAACGCAACCGUGGAAAACACCGGGUAUUACAUGUGUACGUAUGAAACCCAGGAGGGUGGACCGGAAGAAGACAAUGAGGCGGGAAUAUAUGUCUUUGUCCCAGAUCCCCAGGCUCCAUUUGUCCCUGAGAUGCCUGAUAACUUGAUAGUCCCCAUGGACACAACUGGAGUCCCCAUCUCCUGCCGCGUGUCUGACCCCUACUUUCACGUCAUCCUGAGGAGUGUCUCCAGUGGCGAGGAGAUGUCUGCAUACUACGACAACAAGAUGGGCUUCUUUGGAAACCUCUUGCCUGGGCAGUACCAGUGUGAAACCAUUGUGAACAGCCAGACAUUCAGAAGUGUCAUUUAUACUGUGGAGACUGAGGCCCCUGUGGCGAUGGAGGACUUUGACGUGGAAGUAAAAGCCAGUGAGGAGACCGUAAGAGCAGGGCAGCCUUUUACCGUCACAUGCAUCGCUCCCACUGGACUGGGCUUUCAGCAGCAGUGGCUCCAUCCUAAAAAACAGGCUGUGAAUGCAGUUCAGAUGAAGCAGACUUUUCCUGACCGGGUCAUCUACACCCUCAGUAUCCCACAAGCCACCUCUCAGGACAGCGGCACCUACGAGUGCUCCAUCACCCACGAAAUCAGCGGAGAGGUCAGAGUCAGCAGCGCGGCUGUCACCGUCUUCGAGGAGAAUUCCUUUGUGGCACUAGACCACAGUGGGAUUAUAGCUACGGAGUUUGCCCACCUUUUAGAGGAGACAGAGUUUACCAUCCUCAUUGAUGCCUACCCGGCCCCCAAAGUGAUGUGGCUGAAAGACGGCAAAGCCAUACCAGAGAACUACUACGUCCUCACCAAAACUAGUCACCUUGAAGGGAAUCGGUAUCAAAGCAUUCUGACAUUACGGCAGCCUCUGGUGAAAGACAACGGGAAUUACACCAUCACAGCCCUCAGUGGCUCACGCACGGCACAGUUCUCCUUUACCCUCAAAGUGAAAGCCCCCACCGCAGUGAUGUUCCCCCCAUCCUCAGCCCCUGUGCUGCUGCCACAGGUAGAGGAGAUGGUGGUGCCCCUCCACACUCCUUUCACCUUGACCUGUCGGGGGGAGGCAAAACUAGCCUGGGAUACACCGCUCUAUGUGCCCGAGAAAACACAGGAGGACAACAGCGGCCUGUUUGUCACCACCAUCACUGUGGACAACUCUUCUGCAAUGCACACUGGCUACUACACAUGCUUCUACAGUAGAAAUAACACUGAGGAUACAGAGGACAGCAGCAUCUACAUCUAUGUGCCAGAUCCCGAUGUUCCUUUUGUGCCAUCACCGGUGCCUUUUGGCAACCAUGUCCUGUCUGACCACGAGGAGAUGGAGAUCCAGUGUCGAGUGUCUGAUCCCAGUGCCAACGUGACCCUGGUUAACGUUGACACCCAGCACCCUGUGCCUAGUUUUUAUGACAGCAAGAGGGGUGCUUUGGGAGUAUUCACUGCUGGAACCUACGUCUGUAAGGCCCUCAUAAACGGAGAGGAACACUACAGCGAGGAAUACAUUGUCCAUGGCUGGACAGGUGGCGCUGCACUGCAUGUUGAGCUGACAGCCAGACGGACUGCUCUGCUGGUGGGAGACACCAUCACAGUCACCUGUCUGGCUCGGGGAUCUGAGAUUCUGGAAGACCACUGGAAAUACCCUGGCAAACUGGCUAAUCGUGCUAUCAAAACAGUGCAUGAAAACAAGAGGGAUCAGGAGAUCCUUUACACCCUGACGAUCCCGCAGGCCUCAACCAAAGACAGCGGCAUCUACUCUUGCUCCAUCACUGAUAUUAUUAGUAAUGAGAGCCAGACAAAGCAACUUGCUGUUCGAGUUUAUGCGAGUGAGUUUAUGUCCAUCCAGCCGGAGUUUGGAGAAUAUGAAUCGGCAGAGCUGGAUGAGGUCCGGGAGUUCAAGGCCGAAAUUAGCUCCUUUCCCAGUGCUCAUGUCACUUGGCUCAAAGACGGCGUCCCACUCAGUGAUGUGACAGCGGAGAUCUCCACAAGCCUCCGGCAGCUCAACGAGACCAGCUACAUGAGUAUUCUUACCCUGAUCCGGGCCAAGGAGGAGGACAGCGGGAACUACACCAUGCGAGUAGAAAAUGGAGACCAAAGUCGCUAUGUCGGAUUGAUCCUGGAGGUCAAAGUUCCUGCAGUCAUUGUGGACCUGAUGGACAUCCACCAUGGCUCAGCUACAGGCCAGUCUGUGGUGUGCAUUACGAGAGGGCAGCCCACUCCUGUGGUGGAGUGGUUCAUCUGCAAGAACAUCAAACAUUGUGCCAAUGACUCGUCUUCCUGGGUGUCCCUCCCCGCUAACUCCACGGAGAUCACAAUGGACUCGCACUUUGACGAGGACAAUAACCUGGAGAGCCAGGUCUUGUUUGGCCAUCUGGAAAACACACUGGCGGUGCGCUGCCUGGCCAGGAACGAAAUGGCCGCCGUCAGCAGGGAGGUCAAACUGGUGUCCAGUGGCCCUCACCCAGAGCUGACUGUAGCUGCUGCUGUGCUGGUGCUCCUGGUCAUUGUCAUCAUCUCACUCAUUGUCUUGGUUGUUAUCUGGAAACAGAAACCACGGUAUGAGAUCCGCUGGAGGGUCAUAGAGUCUGUGAGCCCAGACGGCCACGAGUACAUCUACGUGGAUCCCAUGCAGCUUCCGUAUGACUCCAGAUGGGAGUUCCCCCGUGACAGACUUGUGCUCGGUCGUAUCCUGGGCUCUGGAGCCUUUGGGAAGGUGGUAGAGGGCACCGCCUAUGGACUUAGCCGCUCCCAACCUGUCAUGAAGGUGGCAGUGAAAAUGCUGAAACCCACGGCACGCUCCAGUGAGAAACAGGCCCUGAUGUCUGAACUGAAGAUCAUGACUCAUCUUGGACCACAUCUCAACAUUGUUAACCUCCUGGGAGCGUGUACCAAGUCAGGCCCUAUCUACAUUAUCACAGAGUACUGCUUCUACGGGGACCUGGUCAACUACCUGCAUAAGAAUAGGGAGAACUUCCUCAGCCUGAACCCAGAGAAAACUAAAAAAGAGCUGGAUAUCUUUGGAAUCAACCCCGCAGAUGAGAGCAGCAGGAGUUAUGUGAUCCUGUCUUUCGAGAGCAAAGGAGACUAUAUGGAUAUGAAGCAGGCUGACAACACUCAGUAUGUGCCCAUGCUGGAGAUGAGCAAUGCCUCUAAAUACUCAGACAUCCAGGGGUCUAACUAUGACCACCCACCCUCUCAGAAAGGAUCAAGUGAGGGCGAGAUGGACGACCUGCUGUCAGACGACAUGAACGAGGGCCUCACCACCACGGAUCUGCUCAGUUUUACCUACCAGGUGGCCAAAGGCAUGGAGUUUCUGGCUUCCAAAAAUUGUGUGCAUCGGGACCUUGCUGCCAGGAAUGUCCUCCUCUCUCAGGGCAAGAUAGUGAAGAUCUGUGACUUUGGACUGGCCCGAGACAUCAUGCAUGACAACAACUAUGUCUCCAAAGGGAGCACUUUUCUGCCAGUGAAGUGGAUGGCGCCAGAGAGUAUUUUUGACAACCUGUACACCACUCUUAGUGAUGUUUGGUCUUAUGGCAUCCUACUCUGGGAGAUAUUCUCCUUAGGUGGCACCCCAUACCCAGGGAUGGUCGUGGAUUCAAGCUUCUACAACAAGAUCAAGAGUGGAUACAGGAUGUCCAAACCAGAGCACGCACCUCCCGACGUGUAUGAGAUGAUGAUGAAGUGCUGGAACAGUGAGCCGGAGAAGAGGCCUUCUUUCCUGGGUCUGAGUGAUACUGUAGCUUGUUUGCUGCCCUCCAGCUACAAGAGGCAUUAUGAGCGGGUGAACCAUGACUUCCUGAAAAGUGACCACCCCGCUGUGACUCGGGUGUGCAUGGAAAAUGAUGAUGCGUACAUUGGCAUCACCUACAAGAACCAGGGCAAGCUGAAGGACAGGGAAAGCGGCUUUGACGAGCAGCGGCUGAGCUCUGACAGCGGCUACAUCAUUCCCCUCCCCGACCUGGACCCUAUAUCUGACGAUGAAUAUGGAAAGAGGAACAGACACGGCUCUCAGACGUCUGAGGAGAGCGCAAUUGAGACGGGCUCCAGCAGCUCCACUUUUGCUAAACGCGAGGGCGAGACUCUGGAGGACAUCACGCUGCUGGAAGAGAUGUGUCUGGACUGUAGUGACCUGGUUGAGGACAGCUUCCUGUGACACCUGCCCAGCCUGUAGAGCAGAAGCACCAAGGAAAUGGGGUGUAAGGACAGAGGAAACUAGAGAAAGACUUGUAAAUCAACCAAAGACUCUGCUGUCUAACCUCAAGCCCCUCCAUUCCUCCUCCUCGACCGCCUGUUCAGAGGACUGAACAAAACCACUUCACUGUCUGGAUGAGUCUGUGGUGACAGUACGGUACGCCCUUCACUCCUCCCUGGACACUGCCCCCUGUUGGGCUGGAGGAGUGAGUGAGCAUUGAUGAAAACGUGACAUCAAGGACUCAAAGAACCACCAAGCCUGUGUGUCGGACCUAUCAAGAUAAAAGAUUGUCAUUUUAAUUUGCAGAGCUUUAUUCUAUCGGGCAUUCUUUUAACAGCAAUAUAAGCAAGAAGGGACGAGUUCAACAUGUUGGUCAGCAACUCUAAAUGAACACCACAGGAUAUCAUUCAUAUGAGAUAUAUUUAACCACUACAGAUGCACUAAACUAGAUGAGUCCAAUACUAGCAACAGCAUUGGCAGGUAAACUCACUUCACACUCACCUGCUGCAAGAGAAGCACCUGAUGCUGGCACAAUCAGUAGCAAUACCCGGAUUUAAAAGCACAAAAUCUGGACUAUGUGCAUUUUUUUUGUAUAUGACCAUAUAAUGUUUUCAAUGGCUAAAUACGUGCAGUAAUUCAAAGUUAUUUUUUUACGUCAUCAUUAUGUAAACAUGUAUUAUUUGUGAAUACCGAGUAGAUAUCAACCAUAGCUGUUUGAAUGGUUAUGAGAAUAGAGUUUUGAGUCGCAUGCAUCUUUGCAGUGUCUCACCUUUUGCCCAAAUACAAUAUAAUGUUCUCAGAUUUCAUCCCCAAUAAAGACGUCAGUCAUAUUUGUCAUAUGGGCUUUGAAAAACAAAGCGUGAUUGUAUUGUAAAUAGCUCCAGAGUUGUUUUAUAAGAGAGAGUUAUUGGGAUAACAGUAUUUUAUGUAAGCACAUAUUAAGCUUCUUCACCCUCAUUCGCCCCAGCGAAGCCAAGGCUUUUGAUGAAACCAUUACAACAAAGGAAAUAUAAUAUAUUUUCCUCAAUAGGAAUAACAUUGGCCAUCGUAGUGGACAGCAUACAGCUUUGACCAUAUUUGUGGAUUAGAAUGUUUUUAAUGCAUGACAUGGAUAGUAUUAAUCAAUUUGGCUACUACAAAAAUGAGGAACGUAAAAUAAAAGGAAUGAAAGAGAAACCCAGUUCAUAAUGUCAGUAAACAUGGCAGUAUGGCAAAAAAAAAGAAGUUAAUUAUAUCCAAUAGCAGUGCUUUACAAGCAGGUUGUGUCCUCCAGUCUCAUAUUUUAUCUAAUGUCCUGAAGUCUAUUAGCAGGUUCUAGUUAUACUAAGACACUAGAUGGACUAGAGAUCCAUGUUGAUCUGAUGUUAUACAUCAAAUAUGUGUAAACGCUGUAAUCCUCCGUAUCUUCCUGCUACUGUACCAGCUAUGCCACUGCCUCUGCCUCUCUCUGUUGACUGCGAUAUAAUCUGCAAUCACUUGUUGCACUUUCCUUUUUUUCCCAUUUUGUUUUGGAUGUUGCAGAAGAGUUAGCCAGGCUGAGCUAAAAAAAAAAAAAAGAAAGAAAGAAAAGUCUUGCUUUGUGCUUUAGAUGUUUAAAACAGUGUGGAUGUGAAUGUUUGUGCCGCAGGUGAAUGGUGUGUUGUUGACGGUACAGUAUCUGUAAUUAUAGGUAAUCACACCCAAUAUGAUGAUUUAAUACUAUGUUUCAAUAUUUUACAUCAUGUACAUUCAGAUGAUUUAUAUUUCAAUAAAUGAUUUAUAAAGUUAAAAAAAAA